AUGUCAGAUGAGCACGUCGCUCGUCAGGCAGCCUCGAGCUUCGACAGGCUGGAGAAUUUCAAUUUCCUUCUCUCUCGCCACGAUCCCAACAUAGCCAAGAGUCGCCAUUAUUCUUUUGAUGCCGACACCGCCGGCCUGGCGUCCUUCCAGAACCUCAACAUGGACUACGACCAGACCGAAGGCAUGGGCGGCUUGUCCGUCAGCUCCUACGACAGCAUCGAGGACGAACGCAGUCCCAUCGAUGUGCGCGGUUAUCCCUAUGCAGACAAAUCCAUCAACUACUCGCUACCCGAUCAGAUGAUCUCCUACUCAGCACAUCCGAUCUACCCACCCAUCUCGUACGGCCCCCCGGAUGACCUGGGCCACGCCCCGGGGGCCCUGACGCCCUCGGACGUGUCGUCGUCCAUCUCGCCGCCCAACGGCCAGAUCGGCAACACCAAGUACAGCACCGCCAUCCCCGGCGACCACAUCGCCUCGGCCCUCAACCAGGAGGAGCACGGCCGCCGCGCCGCCGAGGAGGACCGCCGCCGCCGCAACACGGCCGCCAGCGCCCGCUUCCGCAUGAAGAAGAAGCAGCGCGAGCAGGCCCUCGAACGCACCGUCCGCGAGACCACCGAGAAAAACGCCUCGCUCGAGGCCCGCGUCGCCCAGCUCGAGAUGGAGAACCGCUGGCUCAAGAACCUCCUCACCGAGAAACAUGAGGCUGCCUCCACGCGCAUGGCGCCCCCGCCGCCGCCGCCGCAGGCGUCCACGGAGAGUCCCAAGUCGAAUUCUACCACGCCCGGGCAAAAACAUAUCCAGCCAAAAAAGAAGGGCGUCGGCACCGAUAACUAG